AUGAAGGUAUUCAUCGCGAUCGCCGUCCUGGCUCUGGCCGCUGUCUCCAACGGAACAUACCUGCCAGCAGUGCAAUCGGUUCUACCGUACUCCUACAACUCAGGACUGUACGGCCUGAACGGUUAUGACGGUCUUGGUCAUUACUCUGGACUCGCUGGACUAGGAUACUCCUCGGUGCUGAGUCAUGGACUGUCCUACCCGUACUCGGCUUCUCUUCCGUACUCUGACUACAGCAACGGUCUGUAUGGAGGAUACUACGGCGCAAAGUUCGCUCCUACUGUGGUCCAGGCCAACGUCAACACACUGAAGUCGGUUAGUCCUCUGGGCCUGUACGGAGGAUACUACGGCGCAAAGGUCGCUCCAACUGUGGUCCAGGCCAACGUCAACACACUGAAGUCGCUUAGUCCUCUGGGCCUGUACGGAGGAUACUACGGCGCAAAGGUCGCUCCUACUGUUGUUCAGGCCAACGUCAACACUCUGGGUCUGUAUGGAGGAUACGCAGUGCAAUCGGUUCUACCGUACUCCUACAACUCAGGACUGUACGGCCUGAACGGUUAUGACGGUCUUGGUCAUUACUCUGGACUCGCUGGACUGGGAUACUCCUCGGUGCUGGGUCAUGGACUGUCCUACCCGUAUUCGACCUCUCUUCCGUACUCUGCCUACAACAACGGUCUGUAUGGAGGAUACUACGGCGCAAAGGUCGCUCCUACUGUGGUCCAGGCCAACGUCAACACACUGAAGUCGGUUAGUCCUCUGGGCCUGUACGGAGGAUACUACGGCGCAAAGGUCGCUCCUACUGUGGUUCAGGGCAACGUCAACACUCUGGGUCUGUAUGGAGGAUACGGUGUGGAGCACGGAUACGGUCUUGGUCACGUUGCUGCCAACCCGGGAGCCGUGCAUUGCAUCGCAGCUGUAGUCAUGAUGGCCGUCGCCGUUGCCGUCCAGGGAUCGUCCGUUACCUACUGGGGCAAUGGAGCAGCCCUGCAGCAUUUGGCGCCAGUUACGGUCGGAAGCUGGGUACAGGAUAAUUCUUACGCCAGAAUUGUAUCACCAUGGAACUACGCUUACCAGGCCCCUGUCGCUCACGUUGCCGCUGCUCCAGUUGCCUACGUCGAACCGUACGCUUACCAGCCAGCCGUUGCCGUUGUCGCCCAGAAGGAGGCUCGCUAUCUGGCCGCUAACCGUGGUGCGGUGCAUGAGGCUCCCCUGCCCGGCCACACCGUCAACCAGCAGUCGCUCAACCUGGAGCCCGCACCCGGAACUCUCACUGUUGUCCAGGCUGCUCCUGUUGCCUAUGCUGCUCCGACUGCCUACGCCUACGACCACGGCAACUACGUCCAGGCCGUCCCGACUGUCUACGCUCAGGUCCAGAAGGAAGCUCGUUAUGUGGCCGCCAACCGUGGCGCUGUCCAUGAGGCUCCUCUGCCCGGACAUGCCAUCAACCAGAAGUCGUUCAACGUUGAGCCAGCACCCGGAACUCUUUUAGGCUACGAUCGAUUUUUGAUUAACGAUGUGACCUGGAAGGGGCGCCACAUGAACUGCUCCCGGGUUGGCAGCAACAUACUUCGCAGUAUGAGCCUGGACUGGGAGGUAGUUGUUGUAUCCGUAGCCGUAUCCGUGACCAAGACCGUAUCCGUGCUCUACACCGUAUCCUCCAUACAGAUCCAGAGUGUUGACGUUGGCCUGAACCACAGUAGGAGCGACCUUGGCCCGGUAUUCAUCGCGAUCGCCGUCCUGGCUCUGGCUGCUGUCUCCAAUGGAUCAUACCUGCCAGCAGUGCAGUCGGUUCUACCGUACUCCUACAACUCAGGACUGUACGGCCUGAACGGUUAUAACAGUCUUGAUCAUUACUCUGGACUUACUGGACUGGGAUACUCCUCGGUGCUGGAUCAUGGACUGUCCUACCCGUACUCGGCCUCUCUUCCGUACUCUGCCUACAACAACGGUCUGUAUGGAGGAUACUACGGCGCCAAGGUCGCUCCAACUGUGGUCCAGGCUAACGUCAACACACUGAAGUCGGUUAGUCCUCUGGGUCUGUACGGAGGAUACUACCGGGCCAAGGUCGCUCCUACUGUGGUUCAGGCCAACGUCAACACUCUGGGUCUGUAUGGAGGAUACGCAGUGCAAUCGGUUCUACCGUACUCCUACAACUCAGGACUGUACGGCCUGAACGGUUAUGACGGUCUUGGUCAUUACUCUGGACUUACUGGACUGGGAUACUCCUCGGUGCUGGAUCAUGGACUGUCCUACCCGUACUCGGCCUCUCUUCCGUACUCUGCCUACAACAACGGUCUGUAUGGAGGAUACUACGGCGCCAAGGUCGCUCCAACUGUGGUCCAGGCUAACGUCAACACACUGAAGUCGGUUAGUCCUCUGGGUCUGUACGGAGAAUACUACGGCGCAAAGGUCGCUCCUACUGUGGUUCAGGCCAACGUCAACACUCUGGAUCUGUAUGGAGGAUACGGUGUAGAGCACGGAUACGGUCUUGGUCACGGAUACGGCUACGGAUACAACAACUACCUCCCAGUUCAGGCUCAUACUGCGAAGUACGUUGCUGCCAACCCGGGAGCCGUCCAUGUGGCUCCUCUCCCAGGACAUCUGGUCAACCAGAAGUCGAUUGUGGCGUAA